AUGAACAGCCUCCCGCGAAUACCAUGGCAAUCCUUCAAGCCGAGCCCAUCAUGGGCCUGCUCAUCUUGCCGCCGUGCACUUGCCCAAGGGCGACAGUCCAAAUUCGAGGCGUCCCGCAGAGCUGUGUCGAGUAGCCCACCGAAGAAGGCGCAAGCGGCGCCGGCAAUGGAGCAGCUGCGGGAGUACUACAAGUUCAAGAACCGGACGACCAUGUUUUACACGCUCAGCAUCAUCCUCGGCACCGUCGCCUUUUCCUAUGGUUCCGUGCCGAUGUACAAGAUGAUCUGCCAAACCACCGGCUGGGGCGGCCAACCGGUCCGCGCCCCCGGCCACGGCGGCGACGCCUCCUCCGAUCCAAACUUCGACCCAGCCUCGCGCCUCGUCCCCGUCACCGACGCCAAGCGCAUCCGCGUCACCUUCAAUGCGUCCGUCUCCGACAUUCUGCCCUGGAAGUUCACCCCGCAGCAGCGCGAGGUGCGGGUCCUCCCCGGAGAAACGGCGCUGGCCUUCUACACGGCGACCAACACCUCGGAGCACGAUAUCAUCGGCGUGGCUACGUACAGUGUCACUCCGGCCCAGACGGCGCCCUAUUUCAGCAAGAUCCAGUGUUUCUGUUUUGAAGAGCAGCGGUUGAAUGCCGGCGAGACGGUCGAUAUGCCUGUAUUUUUCUAUUUGGAUCCGGAUUUGUUGAACGAUAUGAACAUGAGGGGGGUAGAGACCGUCACGUUGAGUUAUACGUUUUUCAAGGCGAAGUACGAUGAUCAAGGCACCUUCAAGAAUGUAGCAGGUGCGCCUUGA